CCGUGUCCCACACGUGUCCCCCUCCGUCCCUCACCAUGUACGCCUGUGCAAAGUUCGUCUCCGCUCCUGCGCUAGUGAGGAGGAGCUCGCGGAUGCUGUGCCAGCCCCUCUCUGCCUCCGUGCUGAGCAGCCCUGAGGCCCGGACGGAGCAGGUAAUGUUCCCCCCUUUUGCCCACCCUCCUGUCCCCCCCCAGGUGUGGCCAGGCGCCCACCGGGCCAUCCAGAUGAGCGCGGCCCACCGGGACAUCGACACCGCCGCCAAGUUCAUCGGCGCCGGCGCUGCCACCGUGGGGGUGGCCGGCUCUGGUGCCGGCAUCGGCACCGUCUUCGGCAGCCUCAUCAUCGGUUACGCCAGGAACCCCUCGCUUAAACAGCAGCUUUUCUCCUACGCCAUCUUGGGCUUUGCCCUCUCCGAGGCCAUGGGGCUCUUCUGCCUCAUGGUGGCCUUCCUCAUCCUCUUCGCCAUGUGACGGAGCUGGUGACGGUGACGGAGCCGGCACCUCGCUGUGCCCGGUCCCACGCCCAGCCGUGAAUGCCGGCUGGGUGGCAGGGGAGAGCCCCGGCCCCGCCACGGGCAAGACGGGAAUAAAGACGGUUUGAUAACGGGG